GUCAUCGCGCCGUGCUCGAUGUUUGCCCACUGUCUGAUCACGAUUAACCGACUCUGGGCGAUUGUUUUCCCGCUGUCUUUUAAAUUCCAUCACACAGAGAAGGUAGCACUGAUAUGCUGUGCGUUGCCGUGGAUUGUGGUACAUCUCCUGCAGUGUCCCAUAUUUGUGGGAGUGUUACUGUACGGGUUGGAUGCGCAGGAAGCGGGCUGUUCCGUGCAUGUCGAGAAAAACAAGUUUGUUUUUAUUGGAGUUACUUCAGCGGAAUUAUGGGUCUGGUUAUUGAAUUUAUCAUUUUUGCGAUGUAUCCCGUUGUCUUGUACAAAUACAAUCAGCACAACAAGAUGACCAACGCUGUUAAUCACAGCGAUUUUGCAAGAACUGGUAUCGAUGGACAAGCUGUCGCGCCAAAACGAAGUGUUACAAUUAUAAACAAAACGCGCCUGCAGAAAACGAAUGCUUUUUGGGCGCUAACACUUUUAACUGGAAGUAUUUUAAUUUUAUGGACACCUAGCGUGGUGUAUUACGUGUUAUCUAAUGUGUUGUCCGAAUCCUACAGCUAUCGGCUGGAAUUUAUUCUUAACCUGUUGUAUUUUGUGCAAGUACCUCUCGAUCCGUUGAUUUUGCUGAUAUCUUUAAGUGAUGUUCGCAGAGCGGCGUGCGCUACGUUUGGCUGUAAAUUGCGAAUUUUCUGAACGCUUAUUCAGUUCAGCAAAACAAACUGAAGCUUUUGAAGUAAUAUCUGGUUGUUAUUGAAAUUAUAUCCGAACGUAUUAAUUUUUGGAAUUAUGUCUCAUAUUAUCUCAUUAAUCUGGGGUGUUAUACUGUACAGUACUUGCAUAUUUAAUGCAGAAAACCUUCGAUAAAACUGCAAGUUUUCCUGUGUUUAGUGGUUUAUCACUUAUGGUUACACAUUGUGCAAACUGCCUGGCUGAUCUUCAUGCCUGCCUUCCAGGUCCUUAUGUAAUGAUUAACACAAACGAUAAAUUUCUUUUUUGUUAUGUAACUCCGCUAAUCGGAUAAAUUUGCCUGGACUGCCGUAUAAACCCAAGAUAACAGCUGGAAAACAAGCAACGCGGCUAAAAAACUCAGUUUAUGUAACUAAUGACUAUGUCGCCAUGCUUGUCAGUGCAAUUGCCGGCAAACUAGCAGAAAUUACAUGUACGGAUAGAGUUAUUACCGUUACCGUGAUACGUACUGUUUUGUAAAGUGCGGUCAUUUCAAACAGCUACGUACGUUUACGUUUUGUAUUUGAGCGCUGUUUCCCAAACUGGAAAUCUAGAAAACGAAAUCAUACAUACUCUGUAUGUAAUUUCCGAUUAUCUCAAGCGAUACAAACUAGCUACCUAUAUUGCUUGUGCAAAACACUCUGAAUUCGCCACUGAUAUUUUUCUUACUUGCUGGCUGCCUUCACUUUUCCAAGACAAAAAUGGCGAAAAAUUGGUUUACCAUCACUAUCUGUGCGGCAUUCCUGGUGAAUGUUGUCUUUUCCUGGGCUCCCGGAUGUAUUCCUAACGAACCCACAAUCCCGGCCAUCCGUCCCGAAAAGAGAACGGGUGUAUGGUACAACUAUUUGUACUUCGGCGACCAUCCUCCCCGUGUCAAUGACUGGCUUAAGUCCACCAAAAUCGGGAAGGGUAACCUUCCGGGAACGUCCACCCCGGCGUUACUGACCAACGUGGAGAUCUCUUGGUGGACGCCGGACUACAAACAGUGCGCCGGACAAUUCGCACAAACCUACGUCACGAAAGAUGGCCGUGAAGUGAUGGUUGUUUACAACAGCGACUCACCAAAUCCCUUGAGCUUGACGUCGUAUGCAUUGUACGAAGACUAUUACUUCAUGCAAAUACGUUAUUUUUGUACCGCACCGGAUACCAAAACCGGCAUUUGUGGAGCGCCAAACUUCUUUAUCAAUACGCGCUCGCGCCCGGAUACUAUGCAGCCGAAAGAACUGGCGCGGGUCCGCGAAAUCGCCGAUGAAGUACUGGCUCGAUACUGUUUGUCCUCACGGGAUUUCAAGCAUGAAGACUGGAAGAAAGAGUGGCCGGCGUGCAGUGCUCGGCCGCCUAGUUGUUACGUAGACUUGAUUAAUGGUCUAGCGCAGCAGUUUGGCAAAGCGUAAUCAACUGCAGUAAUAGCAGCCUCCGGAAUUUUCGGAGCAUUGCGAUGGUGCUCUGUAUUUUAAAAGCGAUUUCUACACGUGGCGCUAAAGGUUCAGCUAAUGUUCUAUCUUCUAAACUAGUGUUUAUAACUGUGUUACUUUACUUAUUGGAGAAUGCGCAGGUCGAAUUAACCUUUGCCAACUGCUUAGAGUAGCUUUAUACUGCGUAAAGGACAAUA